GCUUUGGGACCGUCAAUGAGCCUGCGCAGACCGCGCGGCAAGGUGGGGGAGGGCGGUCCGUGUGUGUCUGUGUUGUUGUUCGGCGGCGGCGGCGGCGGCGGCGGCGGCGGCGGCGGUAAGAUGGCUGCCCACGGGGGCUCCGCGGCGUCCUCGGCGCUGAAGGGGUUAAUUCAGCAGUUCACCGCCAUCACCGGUGCAAGUGAAAGUGUAGGGAAACACAUGCUUGAAGCCUGCAACAAUAAUUUGGAGAUGGCAGUCACAAUGUUUUUGGAUGGUGGUGGAAUCGCUGAAGAGCCCAGUACCAGUUCAGCAAGUGUCUCCACUGUUAGACCACACACAGAAGAAGAAGUUCGUGCUCCAAUUCCUCAAAAGCAGGAAAUAUUGGUGGAACCAGAACCUUUGUUUGGUGCUCCUAAAAGACGGCGGCCUGCACGUUCAAUAUUUGAUGGUUUCCGGGAUUUUCAAACUGAAACUAUUCGGCAAGAACAGGAAUUAAGAAAUGGAGGAGCCAUAGAUAAGAAACUAACUACCCUUGCAGAUCUAUUCCGGCCACCCAUUGAUUUGAUGCAUAAAGGCAGCUUUGAAACAGCCAAAGAGUGUGGCCAGAUGCAGAAUAAGUGGCUGAUGAUAAACAUUCAAAAUGUACAAGACUUUGCAUGCCAGUGCCUCAACCGUGAUGUAUGGAGCAAUGAAGCUGUGAAGAAUAUUAUCCGGGAACAUUUCAUUUUCUGGCAGGUUUAUCAUGACAGUGAGGAAGGUCAGAGAUAUAUACAGUUUUAUAAGCUAGGGGAUUUCCCCUAUGUUUCCAUCUUAGAUCCACGGACAGGUCAGAAGCUAGUAGAGUGGCACCAGUUAGAUGUUUCUUCUUUCUUGGACCAAGUGACGGGAUUUCUGGGUGAACAUGGGCAACUGGAUGGACUUUCUAACAGUCCCCCCAAAAAAUGUGCCCGUUCAGAGAGCCUUAUAGAUGCAAGUGAAGACAGCCAGCUAGAAGCUGCCAUCAGAGCCUCCUUGCAAGAGACACAUUUUGAUUCAUCACAGACAAAACAGGAUAGCCGCUCAGAUGAAGAAUCUGAAUCUGAACUUUUUUCUGGCAGUGAGGAAUUCAUAUCUGUUUGUGGCUCUGAUGAAGAAGAGGAAAUAGAGAAUCUUGCCAAGUCCAGAAAGUCUCCCCACAAAGAUUUGGGGCAUAGAAAAGAGGAGAACAGAAGGCUGCUGACUGAGCCCCCAGUCAGAACUGAGCCUGGAACAACCACAAACCACCAAGGAUUGCCAGCCAUGGAUUCAGAAAUAUUGGAGAUGUCACCUGAAAAAUCAGAUGGACUAGUAGAGGGCACAGACAUAAAUGGACCAAAAGCACAGCUGAUGUUGCGGUAUCCAGAUGGAAAAAGGGAACAGAUCACUCUUCCAGAGCAAGCUAAAUUGCUAGCUUUGGUGAAGCAUGUCCAGUCUAAAGGAUAUCCAAAUGAACGUUUUGAACUUCUCACCAACUUCCCUCGAAGGAAACUCUCUCAUCUGGACUAUGACAUUACAUUACAAGAGGCAGGCCUUUGUCCUCAAGAGACUGUGUUUGUACAGGAAAGAAAUUAACAUCAUGGCCUGACCUCUCUCAGCUUACCCCUUUUUUCCCUUUUCCUGUGAGAUACCAAGUCACUGAGUAUGCAUUUUGGCUCAUAGGACCAUAGAGCCAAAGUUGGGCAAGCAAGUCACCUGCCUUCGCUUUUAUUCUUUGCUCUCUCCUAUAAUCAGUCUCUUUCACCCCCACCCCUUUGUUUUCCCCUCUCCUUUCCUAUUUUCGUCUUUUUCUUAUUCUUUCUUUCUUAAUUGGGUGACCAAAUGGAAGUGUAAGGAUAAGACCCCCCAGUACUGGCAGCAGGACACGAGUGUUCCAAUAAGUGGUCUCUUGCACAGCACUUUUUGGGGAUCAAAUGAUAACAUUAGUCCUCAGACUUCUUUAGUAAAGGAAUGGCUAGAUUCAGAAUAAGAACAGCCUCCGUUUUUUCUAAGUCCCAUUUUUAGUUGGGGGAAGAAAUUCUUUAACACACGUUUUGCUUUGUUUUGUUUUAUUGUUCAUGUAAGAAAUAUCACAUAACAAAAUACCAGGCUUUUGUUUACAUUGAGAAAGCGUCCCUUAUAAUUAUUACUCAUCAUAGUUAAAAAUUUUUUUAAAGGAUUCCCAUUCUCUCAGCUAGAAUUAUUUCCAUGAGGUGUGUUAUUGGCAAGUGUGAGUGUUAAAUAAAUGUUGAGUGAAUAGCAUGGGAUGGCUUUCAAUUUCCGAGCCUGUGACAGCUUUCUUCAUUAAUACUCUGUAAACUAUAUUGAUCCUGCUAGUCCCAGAAUGGACUUUCAGAGAGCAUAUUGUGGUAACUUGGAUAGGAAGGUGCUUGCUGUUUUUGCCAGGACAGCAUAUUCGUUCUUUUGGCCCUUCCAUUGUUUGGGUCCCCAGGUGAUCUAAAAGAAGGCAGCUAUUCGAUAAUCAUGCAAUACAGUGGCUUGUAGUUGUAACCACUAUGGUUAUGGAUUGUCCUAUGUGCUUUAGGCAUACUGAUAUAUGUCCUGGUGUCGGGGACAGGGAGGAAAAGUAUGUAGCUGAGAGUAGCUAACCAUGUUUCCUUGGUUAGAAAUAAUGGUUUGUUUUUACCCCUGGUUGGAACAGUCUCUAAAAGGCUCUGGUGACUAAAUGAGCUUAAUUCCUCAUGCUUUUUCUUGCAAAAGGUAUCAAAACUGAAAGCCUGUCCAAGGUGAAGACCUUUAAAUUCAAGUCAUAAACCAACAUUUAGUAAAGGAGGUGGGGAACAUUGCCAGUAGUCUUCAGGUAUGGGUUUUUUUCAAAUUGUAGUUAGUGAAAGCUCUUCUCACUGUUGUUUGGAAGAUGCCAUCUUGAAUCUACAUAACACUAUUUGACUUACCAGCUUCACUAUAUGCUCAGUUCUUAUUUUGAGCUUAAAGUAGAGUCCUCUGAAGGGGUAGGGGUGAUUCUGGUGGCAAAAUCAGAACUUUAACUUGCUGUAAAAGAGUAAUUAAUAUAAGGUGGACCUAUGCCAUCAAUUGGGGAUUUAGAUAGAUUGAUUCAUCUACUUGAGGGACAUAAAUUGCUAUUGCUCAGAGAACUUUAGGUUCCCAUCUAUUUUAAGGUCACUCAAUGGGUAACUAGGGGAUUUUUUUUAAAAGAUGCUUAUGUGUUGCUAGUACUCAAUUAAAGAAUAUGGUUUCUAAUGGUUGAAUUUUGAGGGAACUCUCCCUAAAGAACAAGUAAUGUUUCUCAAGGAAAUCAUGGAAAAUUCUGUUUAUUCUUCAGUGAGUCCUUUUGGAUUAAUGUUCUUACAUUUUUUCUAAGUCUGUGUAAGUGCUUAUGUAUAAGUAUAUAAUUGUAUAAAUAUUUAUAAAUAUAUUUAUAUAAUUACAAUUUCAUUUAUACCUUGAGUCAAAGUUCUCUCUUUAGAUUGGUGAUUGAGUAAUAUAGGCUCUUCCGACUAACUAGCAGCUUCUGAAUUAUUGAGGAGAUACGGUUUUCAUGUUAAUUCCUCAGUUGUAUCUCUGAACUCGGAUAAUAGACUUACUAUUUAAAGAAUAGAGCUGUAUUCUGUCAAAGAUACAUUAGAGGGUAAAAAAAAAUGUCAGUAGUAAACAAGGUCAGAAUCUAAAAAUUCAGGGAAGUACAGGGUAAGAAGUGAGGCUAUGCCCAGUUUUGGUGCUGUGAUGGCACCCAUCUGUACUCAGCAAAGUCAAGUCACAGCUAAAGCCCAAAUCUGUCAAAAAUGUGAAGUCUAGAACUUUAUAGGACUCUGUUUUAUUCUUUUACCUAUUAGCUUCUCUUUAUAAAACAUGUCUAGAGAACUUGAGACAACAUGUUCAUUAAUGAUAGGAUGUAGUUCUUUUUGAUAAGCUCAGCCCUGGCAUAUCCAUUUAUGAGAAACCAAAGUGACUUUUUCAGCUAUGAGAUGACUAAGUAUUAUAUAUUAAGUGAUUUAAGUAAACAUAUUAAAGAGAUGAGGCAUGAGAUACUGACUCAACUUAGAUACAGCUGAGUUGUUGAGUACAAGAUUUAGAGGGUUUUAUUUUGAGGCAGGAGUGUAAUUACCCUGGGUUUGAUACAGAGGCCCAUGGGAAGGAAGGAUUAUGGAUUAUACAUGGGAAGAGUGAAUAAGGAAUAUUGCUUUACUCAAGAAUUUAAUUCACUUAGGGAGUAUCCUUCCUCUAGUUUGUCUUAUUUCCUCUGCAAAUUUCUUUGCUCUUUGGAGGAGUGGUUUUACUGAAUAGAUUAAAUGAGGUUAGUAAGAUAAUGAAAAAGUAGUUUAAAACAGUCAUUCCUUAUAGGUAUUGGAAACAGCUUGAAAGAGAUUAUAAAAGGGAGGAAAAGAACAAAGUAGAUUUUGUGAGUAAGUGACAAGACAAAUAGAGGGAGAUAAAAUGAAAACUAGUUGGGGGAAAAGUGACAGGAAGCCUCUAUUGAAAUUGAUUUAGGAAGGAACCGGAAAAGAGAAAAAAGCCAAAUGAGGGAAGAACAGAGAACUAAUUUUGAGUCACUAGCAUGUGCAAGGUAACUGAUGUACAUUUUCUCCUUUAAUCUUUCUUAGAACUCUACAAAAUGUGUAUUUCCCAUUUUAUAGAUAAGAAAGAAAAUUGAAGUUCAGAGAAUGUGUUCAGAAUGUCAAAACCAGUAAGUGGCAAAAUCAAAAUUGGCAUUUUGAGAGUCUGUGUUCUUUUUACUCCCAUGUUGUUGUCUCCUACAGUAGGGGAAUUGGUCUAAAGGGUUAUCUUCCUGUUAUUUGGCUCUGUAAAGUAUCAUUUGGUUAUGUGUCCCUAAAGUUUGUGGGAUACGUGCUAUGCCUAUGAAUUCUUAUUUAUACCAUUAUUUUGAGGAGCUAAUUAUUCUUUUCUUGAAAUGAUGGACUGAUAAAAAUGUGAAAGGAAAAUACCUAGGUGGCAUUACUUGCCAAGAAUAAAUACAAAGGAUAAAAAAAAUACCUUUUUAAAACCACUUUUCAGAAAAGAUAGUUAUCUUUUCUGUAUUCCACCCAUACCAGAUUAUUGAAUCCUUUUAUGUAUAUGUUUUUAAAUAUUGUAUAAAAUUCUCCUUCCUUGACUAUAUAAAUCAGUUAUUUAUUGAGUCCUUAAUCAAACAUCUUGAAAUCUAAGAUCUAGUUCCUUCCUGUUUUACCCAGUUGGAGAGACAGCCUACACAUGAGGUAAUUGGAGAACAUGUAAAUGCUUAACCUUUCUGGGGCUCAACUGGCAUGACUUCACUAGUUGUGUUUUUUAAACAAUUUAUAAUUGUAAUAGACAUACAGGAAGGAGAAAGAAUACUGUGUGCUUCUUCAGUUGGGACAGUCUUCACAAAAAUAAAAAACUGAAAAGUAGCAAACACUGUAGCUCAAAUUUUCUUUUGACUCACCAGUAUUCUUUAGUUCCAACUUUUGUAACUACUUAGGGCAUUAAAUUUAUCAGUAAAGCAUACCUAAUACCCAAGUAGGAAAGGAUUACUGAUCCCAGGACUAAAGAUUUUAGCCAGCAGGGAUCUCGCUGGACACUUAGGAAAAUACUAGAGGAAGCCACUAGCGACUAAAAAGUGAAGGAAAGAUUUAAUUUCUCUACCCAGGUACAAAUUAAAUGUAUGUUAUAUAUGAUAUGCGGAAGGCACUGUAUGUAGGCAUAAGCAGACUUGGGUAACAGCUCUGCUACUAGUUAACAGUGAACUGGACUAGAUCAAGAGUUCUCGGUCUGUUCAAGUAAAAGGACUUGUGGUUUAAAAUUUGGCAGGGGUGGGGAACUGUGGAGUUAAGUGUUGGUAUCAUGAAUUUUAUAGAUGGAGAAAAUAUAAAUGUGCAUAUGGAAUUGCAGACCCCUUGCAGAACCCACAAAUUGUAGACUGCUGAGUUAAAUUAUCUCUGAGGUCCUCUCCACUCCAAAGUUUUAUGCUUCUAGUUUCUCCUCUUCAUUAUAUAUUAUCCCUAAGCUAAUUAAAAGUAUACUUCCUAAUCAGUUCCUUUGCUUUUUUUUCUGUGUCCCGGUUUCAUUUGCCCAUUAACUAACCUCACUUGACUGAGGUCUCCAAAAAAAGAGAGGGUAACAGUUACAGAUCUUUUAAACACAAUUCAUUCAUUUAAAAAACUUAAUGCAGUAUUCGUAAUCAUGGUUGAAUAUGAAUAAAAUGUAAUUAAGGAGAACCAAAUAUUUCACUGACACCAGAGUUAAAUUUUAUUUUACCUAUGUGCUUAAACAAAGAACUGUACUCACUGAACAAUUAUUAGGAAAUCAAUUUGUUUAAGUUGUAAAAUGUACUUAUUUUUGGCAGAAACAACUUUUUUAGAUCCAGUUAAGCUGAUUUUUAAAAAUAGUUUGUAUCCCAUAGAGUGUAUCUCCAUUAUAUCAUUCUCUCUUUCUCGCCCUCUUUCAUUUAACUACUUCAUAGUAAAUCAUAGCAUACAGGUUGAUGAAUAAGUAAUAUUGUAAAAGUAAAUGAGAGUGGAAGAAUCAACCCUCUGAUGAAUAUGACAGUUUUCCAAAAACGUAAGCCUUGAUGAAAAGGCUGCUUAAAAACAGCUGUGUACUAUGAAUAUUCAACUUUAUUGAUUUGCCUUGCUUAGCACUUCAGUUAUUGUCUUGCCAUAAAACUUAAUUGCACUGUACACAUUUUUGAAUAGUGGCAAGAAUGUUCUUUAGUACUACAAAUAACCAACAGAGGAUACCAAGCCAAUAUGUUGAUUUCUCCUGUUACAAGAAAUUUGGUACUUUUAAUGAUGGUUAUUUUGGUCUUCGACUCCUCUGUGUGUCAGUCCUGCUAGAGAGGCAGCUUAGAAUCAAGAGUAUUUUUCAUAGAGAUAGGAUGGCCUUGGUAGUUUGCCCCUUGAGAUGAACUUAUGGUUUAAGUUAUUAGCUAUAAUGAUAUGGGACCCUUAAUUAGAAAAAUCUUUUAAUCCUUUCUCUGAAAAUUAGUCAUAAUUUUUUGUGAAAUUGGCUAUGUUUGAGAAAUUCAUUUCUAAGUUUUAAUAUGUAACAUUUAAAAAUUUUUAAAUAAAUGGAUAUACAAAGGAAGAAUUUGAGGCAAACAUAAUUUUAUAGCUCAUUUUCUCUCCACUUAAAAAUGCAUUAAUUCCAAGUAUAGAACAGCUAGCUCCAGGAUUCCCCUACCCCAUUUUUGGCCUACGGAAUGUUCUUGUAUUGCUCAGUCAUUUUCAUAAACCUGAUAUUUGGUACACACCUUUCUUUGUCAUAUGAUCUGAAGGUAGAGUUGGAUAAUCCAAUAGAAACUACAUUAAUCAAACAAUUUAGCAUUUCUGUAAAAUACUUUCAAAAGAUAACCACAUUUACUUGCAGGAUUAGAGAUACAAAUACUAAUGGUAGUAUUUUGCUUAAGAACAGUCACAUAUUAAUCCAGUAAUAUGGGAAGUUGCCUGUACUUAAUUCUUUUGCAAGAAGACAGCAAGUUUUUGUUGUUUGCUUAAUGGUAUUUUCUCUACAGAGAUCAGAAUGCCCGAAGAUUUUUAUAUCCCUAAGAAGGUCACUUGGGUUUUCAAAUAAUAGUCAAGCUGGACUGAACAUAAAACUUUUAUCUCCAUUAAAAGAAGUUAUUUAACUGAACUAUCAUGAAUCAUUCAUUUAUUAGUUGUGGUAAAUAAAAUGGGAAACAUUUCAAAUCAUUAGGUAACUUCUGACCUGGAACUGAAUUCUCCCUUAAUAUCUUUUUUAUUUGCCUUUUUUUUUUUUUUUUUUUUAAUAGACUCAGUACGGGCAUCUUAACUGAUAAGGGAGAGAUUCUUGAUCUGGAACCAUUCCCUGCCAUCCUGCUUUUUUUUUCCUGUCACAGAUGCUGGCUUUAGAGUACAUGUCACCAGGAUCUAUUUCAAGUUAAUGACAUUGAAAUGUUGAUGCUUGGUUGGAUAUAUUGCUGUUUAACAAAAUCGUUUUAUAGUAUGCUUUCUCAAAGCUUCUGUGUUCUUAAUAAUGGAAACUAUCAAUAAAUUAAAUGGUGUGAUUCAAAGUAUAAAUAGGUUUUUGACACUAAUUAUGUGCUCUUACAACUUUGAUAAUUUAUUGCUCUGUAAGUUAAACUUCACAUGGAGUGACCACUUGCCACCAGAAAAUCUUAUUUUACCUGCUAAGUAGAAUGAAAGUAGUGUGUGACCUCCACUUUUUAGCUAAUGAGUAGUAAGCUUAUAAUAGGGGCCAUUUAUCUUACCUGUUUUGGGACUUGGGCCUUGUUACUUUCCUUUGGUUAGGAGAGGCAAUUUAAAAUAUCUGCUGGGAAGCAGUAAAUCUAUGAGAUGACCCGCUAGUCUUAGGUUUAGAGAGAUGAAUACCAGUUAAUGCUAACAGGAUUCUUAGACUUUGAGGAGUUUCCAUCCAAGCUUUGGCAUGAAUCUGUUAGACAAAAUUUUAUUCACUCCUUUAAGAAUCUUAGGACGGUUUUCCUUUUGAUUGUUAACAAUUUUUAAGCAUCUGGUGUCUUUUUUUUUUUUUUUUAACCCUUUAAGAAAUAAAAGUCUGUUUUUGAGUAGGUAUUGAUUGUUUCAUGGAAACUCAGAAGUGUUUGUAGGCUCUGUGCAUGCUUUGUAUGAGUUCAGUUUGAACAAUACAUUUUAAAUCAUCGGAGGUGUCCAAUUCUGGCAUGAAUUCACUAGUUGUGUUUUUUAAACAUUUUUCAUGUCAUUUUUCAAACCUUACUUCCCAUCUUACUCAGAAAGGUUAAUCAAGGAAUGAAAUUUAUUUGGGGAUAGGGAUGGGGGUGGGUUGGGGACUUGAGUGAAGUCAACUUGGGGUAUUUGCUUUAAAGUGUUUCUCAAGCAGUUCCUAACAGUAUGUAGAGAUUCCCUGGGAUGUUUGUGUACUCAGCUUAUUCUGGACAAAGUGGUGGUCUUAGUGAGAUUUGCAUUCUUAAUGCAGGACGGCUCUAAAUUUCAUCGGUAGCGUAACUUUGUUACUGAAUCCAAGAAGAUAAUGGGCAGAGAUAAUGCUCCUAUUUACAGUGUUUCUGGCAAGUGCUCCCUAAAGUGCACAUGCAGUUCUCAGUUUUCUGGGUUUUUAAUCCCAUGGUGCUAGGAGAUACCAUUUGUUUCUGCAGCUCUUAGAAAUGGGGAGAAGGCUUUGGGACCAGUGAGUAAGGGGCAGCUGGAUCAUUCACUAGAUUUUUUUUGUUCAAGACACACUAGAGACCCUCGGAUAUAUCUAGUAAGUGAUAAUAAGGGUGCUAGAGGAAACCUUAUAUUUGAAGACACAUGGAGGAGGCCGUAGAAAAUCUAAACUUUUAAGAGGAAAAAAAACAUACCAUUAGAUAAAACAGAGCUGUAACUGCUGGCUAAGACUCAAUGGAACUUCCACUUGCUCUAAAACCAGGGAAAUCUUAGAUAACUGGGUGUGAUCUAUCUAUAGAUACACAGAGUCUAUAGGUACAUUUCUAAAAUAAGGAUCUUUCUCUCAGUUGGUGAUCCUCUGGUUUUGGCUGUACCAAAUUGUGAAUAUUCUUGCUGUGUUGUAACCAGUUGCUUUAUAUUGAUACUGCAA